CUCAAAGUGGUGGAAGUUUCAUCAAAUUUUCAACCAAUCAAAGACCUCCACAACAGACUAGCUGAUAAGAUAGCAUUGUCCACAUGGACGAAUAACAUCCACUCACGUGCCAACGAUCGCUCCCCAUAUCCACAUUAUCCAAAUUAUUUGUCCUCUCAACAAACACAAUCCACACAAAUUUAACCAAAAAGAAUCAACCACUUGAUCACUUUAUAGUUUAUAAUCCCACACCCUUCUCCUACCACACCAAAACCUCAAACUUCAUUCCCAAUGGCUAGUGUGAUCUCAUCAGCUGUUUCCAUCCCAUCAUUCACCGGCCUCAAGGCCGCCCCUACAAGGGCCGCCCCGGCCGCUACUGUCAAGGCAGCGACCGUCGGCCCUAACCUUUCAGUGAAAGCUUCACUGAAAGAUGCAGCGAUUGCAGCAGUCGCUGUCUCAGCCAGCGCGUUACUUGCCAGCAACGCGCUUGCAAUUGAAGUCUUGCUAGGAGACAAUGACGGUGGAUUGGCAUUCGAGCCAUCCACCUUCAGUGUCGCCUCUGGUGAGAAGAUUGUGUUCAAGAACAACCGCGGGUUCCCACACAACGUUGUUUUCGAUGAAGACGAGAUUCCGGCUGGUGUGGAUGCUUCAAAGAUCUCAAUGGGUGAAGAUGAUUAUUUGAAUGCAGGUGGUGAGGAGUACUCAGUGACAUUAACUGAAAAGGGGACUUACAGUUUCUAUUGUGCGCCUCACCAAGGUGCUGGUAUGGUUGGCAAAGUGACCGUUAAUUAAGCUUUUAAUUAUUUAUUUAAUUUUCCAUAUUAAAAUUAUGUUAAUAAAAAUGGUUUUGUAAAGAGUUUAAUAUCCUAAGAUUUAUUUAAUCUAUAUUAUUUCACUUGUUUU